AUGGCGCAUUUUGGGACACGUCAAAUACCUCAUGACUCUGAUAAAGAAAACGCGAUGGAUAUAAAUCUAGAUAAACAAGUAGAAGAUAAUGAACCUACCAGCUCAUCAAAAUACGAUAAAAUUCUUAAUAAUGAGACUUAUGAUCCUGACCAAGAUAAAGACGAAAAACCCACUCUUGAUUCGCGCCUUCUCGUUUUAACUAGCGAUUUGGGAGUUCAGAAGGCACGUCGUAUGAAAUUGGAUAACAAUGCAUUUGAUGUAGAUGCCUAUAUAUCCAAGUUGAUUACAUUUAUGGGAGGAAGACAGGUUGAUGAUGAUAACGAUGAGCCUGAUUUAAAUUGGAGUGCACUGGAAGAAAGGGAUAUUGAAAGGCAGGAGAACGAAACAACAAAGAACGUUCGGAAUAUUUGGAAUAUAUUGGCGGAAAAAUCGCCUAUUAAUUUUUUCGAAUUUAUCGUUAAUCCUGAAUCUUUUGGACAAACAGUGGAAAACUUGUUUUACUUAUCGUUUUUAGUACGUGAUGCUAAAGUAAACAUUGAUGAUGAUGGUGCAUGUUGUGAGCCACCAACUGGCGAUGAUUAUGCCGAGGGCUUGAUCAAAAAACAACUUGUCAUGGGAAUAGAUAUGAAUACUUGGAAGGAACUUAUCGAAGUAUAUAACAUCAGAGUAUCUGCUAUUCCAACACGACAGUCAUGUACGCCAAUUUCCGGAAAAUGGUACGGGUAA